UAGUGAUGACUUCCGGAUCGGACCAAUUAGUAUUAAACAUAAAUGAUAUGGUUAUUAUUCGGCAGUGACAACGCAAAUGUGUGUAAAUUAUGAGAAUAUUCCGUGAUAAUACAAUGUUUUAUUUCAUUUACUAUAUUUGAACAAUUUGCACUGUUUGUGAGAGCUAUACAUACAAGAAAACUAUUUAGGGGGCGUAUAUAACAUAUGUACAAGGUGACUAUAUUACUGAAACUGGAGAGUGUACAUGCCUACAUUAAGUUAUCACAUACUUACUGAUAUGAAGUUGUUGAUUUAUCAAUGAAUAGAACAAGAUGUGUUUAAGAUAUACCGGCGGAUAUAACUGGGAUAAAGUUAUAAACUAGAUUUGUGUUAAAAGUAUUCCUAAACGUAAAACAAUUGUGUAAUACUAGAAGUAGCUAAUUGUCAUUUUUUUCUGAGCAGUGAUUAAAUUAAGUGACAUUGAAAUGAACGCUGUAUGCUAACCAAGGGGCGGAUUUGUAUCAAAUUUAAAGCAACGAUUAAGAUAAAUGUAGACAUGACAUCAGGAAGAUAGAUCUACAAUCUCCACAUCACCGUGUCAGGUAGUUCAGACACACAUUACUGUGGAAAUGAGCGAGAGGGGGGCGUCCAGAAGUGCCACGGGCAGCGUGCGCAACAUUCCGGCAGGGUCCAUGUCUGGUGGCGGGAAACUACAGAACGUAAAACUCGUGUUGUUAGGCGACCAGGGCGUUGGGAAAUCCAGUAUAGCUCUGAGGUUCGUUCGAGGAGAAUUUACAGAAAACUCAGAAGCAACGAUUGGGGCGGCGUUUCUUACACAGACGGUAAGCGUGUCGGGACAAACGAUUAAGUUUGAUAUCUGGGACACUGCGGGGCAGGAGCGUUACCACAGUCUCGCUCCAAUGUAUUACAGGGGUGCGCAGGCCGCCGUGGUCGUCUACGAUAUAACAAAUAAGAACACGUUCGAACGGGCGGUGAAAUGGAUCAAGGAGCUGAAACAGCAGGCGAACUCUCAGAUCGUGAUUGUCCUCGCCGGAAACAAGGCGGACAUGGCCGCCGAGAAACGAACCGUACCAAAAGAGGAAGGCCAAUCGUUCGCUGAGGAGAACAACCUGAUAUUUACCGAGGCUUCAGCCAAGACCGGCAUGUGUGUGGGCGACGUGUUCAUGGCAAUAGCACAAACGUUAGCAAGUCACGGCAUUCCACGCGAACAGCAAGAUCAAAACGUAAAACUCGGAAAGGACUCUAAAAAGAAAGGCGGGGGUUGUUGUUAAAACUAUUUGUAGAUACCGGAACAUACCGAGUUUUACACUUACCGGUUAUUUCCGCUGCUGGUAGUUUCCGGUGCACGCGUUUGUGGAGAGUGAAGAGCGAUAUUUCUUCGUCUUUUUUGAAAACACCAGUUGGUGUAUGUGCAAUAUUAUAUUGUGACUGUGAUAAACAAUGUUUGCCUUUUUGUAAUGGAUAUUUGGUCAAUGUGACAAGUGUUAAGGGGGUAUAAUAUGAUAAGAUCAGUUACUAUGCACUCGUGAAAUCAAAGAUACCGCUGGUAUAUUUUUUUGUUCAUCUUGAGUAUACGUUUUAUCUGUAAUAUAUUCAAUUUUGUGGCGUAAGUAUUUUCAUAAUAUUGUAGAUUGAUCCUUCUGUAUAUUAAUUAUGCAAAACAAUAAACAAAGUUCAUACUUUCA